AUGUCAUGGGUUAAAGAAGGAGCUUCGAUGACAUUUCAAGUUCCGGUUUUGACUCCAACGAAUUAUCCGGUGUGGGGAAUCAAAGUCAAGUUGAUAUGGAUGCAUGCGACAUAUGGGAGACGGUUGAAUCGAGGUGAUGGAAGAAUCUCUCAGAAUAUGAUUGAUCAGCAAAGGUAUAGCUAUCAAGACAAGAAAGGAAUGGACAAACAACACGGUUCGAGCAUUAUGGCGAUGAAAGUAUGGAGGACUUUAGACGUGACCGAGGUGGAGGUCGGGUGUCCGGGAAAGGUCGUGAAUCGUAAUGGUUGUUGCCUUGGUAAAACAGGUGAAGCAACCGGUAGGUCGACGGUGAACAAAGGCUGUGAAUGUGGUGGUGUUAGUUGGUGGUUAAUGGUAGAUAAACACAGUUUUCAUACCUUGGGCACCAAGGUAAUAUCAGGUGGUAUACCUACAUUCCCAAUGUUUGCUUGUCUAUUUCUUUAA